CUCCCCCCUCGUCUCUUUCUCCCCUCCGCCGUCAGAUGGCUUUUUAGCGUUAACAGCCAACGAGCGUGGGUGCUCCGGGGAUCCCAGUGAUGGACCCCGCCGCUCUCUGCGGGCGGAACGCGGCGCUGAGAUUCGUUGACCCGGGGGGAGCUCUACGCCCCCAUCCCCGCCACCCCCCGCAGCCCCUGCCACGCUGCCCGGGCCUCGCCGCGCACUCCCCCGCCGCAGGGUCCCGCCUCGGGCCGCACCAACACAUGGGGCACAGCCACCAUCCUCAUCCUCCUCCUCAGCAUCACCUCGCGGCCCUAAAGCUCGGCCCUGCCCCUCAGCCCCACCGCCCGCGACCGGCGGGCCCGGCCCAGCCGCUGUCCGGUCACACAGCGGCGUUCGGCCCGGCGGCGGCCCCCUGCCCCGUGUCCCACACAGCUGCUGUCAGGGACCCGGCCAUGCCCGGGCUGAGCGAGCAGCACCCCGCUGCCCGAUCUCAUCACGGACUGUUUGUCUCGACAACAGGUAGCUGCCCCGGACACCGCGGGCACCACCGCCCCUCGGAAGCCGGGAAUCCCGCGCUGUUCGCUGGACUCCAUGAGCAGCCGCCCCAUGCAGCUCCAGGUGGCCAUCUAAACGGACAGAUAAGGCUGGGGUUACCUGGAGAAAUGUACGCCAAGGCUGAACAUUUCACUCCAGUGCCAGCCUCCAGGACAGAGCCUUUUGCUGCUUCUUCGCUUCAUAGCUACGGUGGCAUGAACCUGAACGUGAACCUGGCUCCGCACCACGGCCCGGGGGCCUUCUUCCGCUACAUGCGGCAGCCCAUCAAGCAGGAACUCAUCUGUAAGUGGAUUGAGCCCGAGCAGUUGGCGAACCCCAAAAAGUCCUGCAACAAAACUUUCAGCACGAUGCACGAGCUGGUGACUCAUGUCACCGUGGAGCACGUUGGAGGACCCGAGCAGUCCAAUCACAUAUGUUUCUGGGAAGAGUGCCCGCGAGAAGGGAAACCUUUCAAGGCCAAAUACAAACUCGUAAAUCACAUCCGAGUCCACACAGGUGAAAAACCUUUCCCCUGCCCUUUCCCAGGCUGUGGCAAAGUGUUUGCCAGAUCAGAGAAUCUCAAAAUACACAAAAGAACUCACACAGGGGAGAAGCCGUUCAAAUGUGAAUUCGAGGGCUGCGACAGACGCUUCGCCAACAGCAGCGACAGGAAGAAGCACUCGCACGUCCACACCAGCGACAAGCCCUACAACUGCAAAGUGAGAGGCUGCGACAAGUCCUACACCCACCCCAGCUCCCUGAGAAAACACAUGAAAGUGCACUGCAAAUCCCCUCCUCCCAGCUCCGGCUACGAGUCCUCCACGCCCUCCUUGGUGUCCCCCUCCUCGGACUCCGGCCGGGAGCCCCCCGCCUCGUGUUCCCACGCCGAGCCCUCCGCGCCCGCGCCGCCCGCCGCCAACCUGAGCGAAUGGUACGUGUGUCAGGGCCGCCCCGCGCCCCCCGCCGCCCCGCCGCCUCCGCGCCCCGCCGCCCAGCCCCGGCCCCGCUGCUAG